AUGCCACUCGAUAACCUCGGGUCGCUCUUCAUUAGCCAUGCCGUCUUCCUCAUCCACAUCGUCUACUGCACCAUCGCCUUCACCCACGUCGAGCCUAGCGCGCUCUUCGUCCUCUACUGCAUCGUCAAGGUGCUCGGCCAGCGCGGCGAGGAUUUCGACCAGGAGACCGCUUGGCCGCCUCGCUCGCCUAGAUGGCUUUGA